AUUGCAAUUUUUGGCUUACCUUGUUCUUAUUUCUUCAGUGUUAAACUUAUGGAGAGGCACUGAAGGCUGGUCAUACAAUUCCUCAACGUUCACUAUGAACUGGGAAUCUGCCAGACACUGGUGCAGGCAGCAUUACACAGACAUGGUAGCCAUCCAGAACAAAGAAGAGAUUUAUCACCUCAACAGUAUCCUUCCAAAAGUCAGAGGAUAUUACUGGAUUGGCAUUCGUAAAAUUAAUGGCAGUUGGACCUGGGUGGGAACUAAUAAGACACUUACCAAGGAAGCUGAGAACUGGGCAGAUAAGGAGCCCAAUAAUGGAGGGAAUAAUGAAGACUGUGUGGAAAUAUACAUUAAAAGAGGGAAAGAUGAAGGCAAAUGGAAUGAUGAAUCCUGCUUGAAGAAGAAGACUGCACUCUGCUACACGGCAUCCUGCAAAGACAACUCCUGUGUCAGUGGUCAAGGAGAGUGUGUCGAAACCAUAAACAGCCAUAAAUGCUCAUGCUUUGGGGGUUUCUAUGGAGAGCGAUGUGAACAUGUUGUAAAAUGCAAACCAGAGGACGUCACCUCACCAGAUCAUGCUAGUGUCCACUGCUCUCAUCCUCAUGGAAAUUUCUCAUAUGACUCUCAGUGUGAAUACUCCUGUGAAGAAGGUUAUGAACUAAAGGGUUCCAGUAAGACAAGAUGCACUUCUACCACAGAGUGGUCAAGCAAACCACCAACUUGUGAACUUUUUCGAUGUCCAGAGCUGAUCAAACCACAGAAGGGCCAAAUGCAGUGUCUCCAUUCAAUAGGCAUCUUCAGCUAUCAAUCCACCUGUGAGUUUAUGUGUGAAGAAGGAUACACACUGCGAGACUUCAGCUCCUCUACACUGUUCUGUGGGGCAACGGGACGCUGGAAUGAUUCACAACCCACUUGUGAAAUUAUAAAAUGCAAACCAGAGGAUGUCACCUCACCAGAUCAUGCUAGUGUUCUCUGCUCUCAUCCUUACGGAAAUUUCUCAUAUGACUCUCAGUGUGAAUAUUCCUGUGAAGAAGGUUAUGAACUAAAGGGUUCCAGUACGACAAGAUGCACUUCUACGACAGAGUGGUCAAGCAAACCACCAACCUGUGAACUUGUUCAAUGUCCAGAGCUGAUCAGUCCACAGGAUGGCAAAAUGCACUGCCAACAUCCUAUUGGCCGGUUCAGCUAUCAAUCCACCUGUGAGUAUAUGUGUGAAGAAGGAUACACGCUGCAAGACUCCAGCUCCUCUACACUGUUCUGUGGGGCAACGGGACACUGGAAUCAUUCACAACCCACUUGUGAAAUUAUAAAAUGCAAACCAGAGGACGUCACCUCACCAGAUCAUGCUAGUGUCCACUGCUCUCAUCCUCAUGGAAAUUUCUCAUAUGACUCUCAGUGUGAAUACUCCUGUGAAGAAGGUUAUGAACUAAAGGGUUCCAGUAAGACAAGAUGCACUUCUACCACAGAGUGGUCAAGCAAACCACCAACCUGUGAACUUUUUCGAUGUCCAGAGCUGAUCAAACCACAGAAGGGCCAAAUGCAGUGUCUCCAUUCAAUAGGCAUCUUCAGCUAUCAAUCCACCUGUGAGUUUAUGUGUGAAGAAGGAUACACGCUGAAAGACUCCAGCUCCUCUACACUGUUCUGUGGGGCAACGGGACGCUGGAAUCAUUCACAACCCACUUGUGAAAUUAUAAAAUGCAAACCAGAGGACGUCACCUCACCAGAUCAUGCUAGUGUUCUCUGCUCUCAUCCUUACGGAAAUUUCUCAUAUGACUCUCAGUGUGAAUAUUCCUGUGAAGAAGGUUAUGAACUAAAGGGUUCCAGUACGACAAGAUGCACUUCUACCACAGAGUGGUCAAGCAAACCACCAACCUGUGAACUUGUUCAAUGUCCAGAGCUGAUCAGUCCACAGGAUGGCAAAAUGCACUGCCAACAUCCUAUUGGCCGGUUCAGCUAUCAAUCCACCUGUGAGUAUAUGUGUGAAGAAGGAUACACGCUGCAAGACUCCAGCUCCUCUACACUGUUCUGUGGGGCAACGGGACACUGGAAUCAUUCACAACCCACUUGUGAAAUUAUAAAAUGCAAACCAGAGGACGUCACCUCACCAGAUCAUGCUAGUGUCCACUGCUCUCAUGAAAAUUUCUCAUAUGACUCUCAGUGUGAAUACUCCUGUGAAGAAGGUUAUGAACUAAAGGGUUCCAGUAAGACAAGAUGCACUUCUACCACAGAGUGGUCAAGCAAACCACCAACCUGUGAACUUGUUCAAUGUCCAGAGCUGAUCAAACCACAGAAGGGCCAAAUGCAGUGUCUCCAUUCAAUAGGCAUCUUCAGCUAUCAAUCCACCUGUGAGUUUAUGUGUGAAGAAGGAUACACGCUGAAAGACUCCAGCUCCUCUACACUGUUCUGUGGGGCAACGGGACGCUGGAAUCAUUCACAACCCACUUGUGAAAUUAUAAAAUGCAAACCAGAGGACGUCACCUCACCAGAUCAUGCUAGUGUUCUCUGCUCUCAUCCUUACGGAAAUUUCUCAUAUGACUCUCAGUGUGAAUAUUCCUGUGAAGAAGGUUAUGAACUAAAGGGUUCCAGUACGACAAGAUGCACUUCUACCACAGAGUGGUCAAGCAAACCACCAACCUGUGAACUUGUUCAAUGUCCAGAGCUGAUCAAACCACAGAAGGGCCAAAUGCAGUGUCUCCAUUCAAUAGGCAUCUUCAGCUAUCAAUCCACCUGUGAGUUUAUGUGUGAAGAAGGAUACACACUGCGAGACUUCAGCUCCUCUACACUGUUCUGUGGGGCAACGGGACGCUGGAAUGAUUCACAACCCACUUGUGAAAUAAUAAAAUGCAAACCAGAGGACGUCACCUCACCAGAUCAUGCUAUUAUCCACUGCUCUCAUCCUCAUGAAAAUUACUCAUAUGACUCUCAGUGUGAAUAUUCCUGUGAAGAAGGUUAUGAACUAAAGGGUUCCAGUACGACAAGAUGCACUUCUACCACAGAGUGGUCAAGCAAACCACCAACCUGUGAACUUGUUCAAUGUCCAGAGCUGAUCAGUCCACAGGAUGGCAAAAUGCACUGCCAACAUCCUAUUGGCCGGUUCAGCUAUCAAUCCACCUGUGAGUUUAUGUGUGAAGAAGGAUACACGCUGAAAGACUCCAGCUCCUCUACACUGUUCUGUGGGGCAACGGGACGCUGGAAUCAUUCACAACCCACUUGUGAAAUUAUAAAAUGCAAACCAGAGGACGUCACCUCACCAGAUCAUGCUAGUGUUCUCUGCUCUCAUCCUCAUGAAAAUUUCUCAUAUGACUCUCAGUGUGAAUAUUUUUGUGAGGAGGGUUAUGAACUAAAGGGUUCCAGAACGACAAGAUGCACUUCUACCACAGAGUGGUCAAGCAAACCACCAACCUGUGAACUUGUUCAAUGUCCAGAGCUGAUCAAACCACAGAAGGGCCAAAUGCAGUGUCUCCAUUCAAUAGGCAUCUUCAGCUAUCAAUCCACCUGUGAGUUUAUGUGUGAAGAAGGAUACACACUGCGAGACUUCAGCUCCUCUACACUGUUCUGUGGGGCAACGGGACGCUGGAAUGAUUCACAACCCACUUGUGAAAUAAUAAAAUGCAAACCAGAGGACGUCACCUCACCAGAUCAUGCUAUUAUCCACUGCUCUCAUCCUCAUGAAAAUUACUCAUAUGACUCUCAGUGUGAAUAUUCCUGUGAAGAAGGUUAUGAACUAAAGGGUUCCAGUACGACAAGAUGCACUUCUACGACAGAGUGGUCAAGCAAACCACCAACCUGUGAACUUAUUCACUGCCCAGCCCUUGACAGUCAUGUCAAUGGAGAGCUGAGCUGCACUUCCAGCUUUAAAUAUGGGAGCAAAUGCAGCUUCAGUUGUGCUGAAGGAUUCCACCUCCAGGGAGCUUCAGAAAUCAGCUGUACAAAAGCAGCAAAGUGGAGUCAGGAACCACCUCGCUGUGAAGCAGUGCUCUGCCCACAGCUUUCUGAGCCGAUCAACGGGCAUAUGAACUGUUCAUCUGAAGAACCCACCUUUGGCACCUUCUGCAUCUUCAGCUGUUAUGAAGGCCACCAACUUGAAGACCACAGUAACGAGAUAGUGAUGUGCAACUUCAAUGGGAGCUGGUCAGGGGAAGUGGCGGUGUGUCAAGCUCUUGCAUCGCUCUUCAAAGCAACAGAAGUGACUCUUGGUGUUUCAGGUGCUAUCAGUGUCUCCGGUCUGGGCUUAGUCCUCUGGAUACUGAAGAGACUGAGGAGAAAAGCUAACAAUUUUGACCUGAACAGUACCUUGGAUAUUGAGGAUCCACCACAGUUUUAUAAGAACAGUGUUGACAGUCUCAUAUAGAGCAAAAUAGCAUCAAAUAGCAUACAGCAUAUCCGGUGAGCAUAUAUUCCUCAUGCACAUAUACAGGCCAGUAUGUGUAAAGAUAGCGAUGUAACUUAUUCCAGUGAACAAUUCAUUGAAAAACUAAAUUCUUCUUCACGGGAUUCACAACUGCCUCACUGGACAUAAACAUUUAUGUCAUCACAAAUGAUUUAAGGCACUUGGAUAUUUUUGGCAUUAUCAGUUACUAGGCAACAGUCCUAACUGAAUGUGAUUUUUACU